AUGAGAAAGGAAAACAGCACCACAGCGAUCAAGGGAUUUGUAUUUGUAGGUUUAACAAACAACCCUGCACAGCAGAUCUUCCUCUUUUUAGCUUUCCUAUCUUUUUAUAUUAUGACCUUGGUGGGAAAUCUUGGAAUGAUUGCUUUAAUACGAGUCAGUCCCCGUCUCCACACUCCAAUGUACUUCUUUCUCAGCAACCUCUCUCUCCUGGAUGUGUGCUUCUCCUCUGUGGUUGCCACCAAGUCCUUAGUGAAUCUCUUAGCAGAUAAAAAGUCCAUUUCCCUCAUUGGGUGUGCAAUGCAAAUGUACUUUGUAAUAGGUUUGGGGAGCACAGAGUGCUUUCUCUUGGUUGCGAUGGCCUACGAUCGCUACGUGGCUAUCUGCAAACCAUUGCUGUAUCUAGUCCUCAUGUCUCCAAGAGUCUGUACUUUUUUGGUGGUGGGGUCAUACGUCCUUGGGCUUUUGCAUUCUCUUGUCCAUACAGUCUUCACCUUCAGGCUGUCAUUCUGUCACUCUAAUAAGAUCAAUCAUUUAUACUGCGACAUCACUGCACUUUUAUCCCUCUCCUGUUCUGACAUCUACCUCAAUGAACUCCUGAUUUUUUAUGUGGCUGGACCAGUGGAAGCAACCACCAUCCUGAGCGUCAUGGUUUCCUAUAUGUAUAUUCUUACCAACAUUGUGAGGAUCAGCUCAUCUGCAGGCAGACUCAAAGCCUUCUCCACUUGCACUUCCCAUCUGAUUGCAGUUACAAUCUUCCACGGGGCAAUUCUCAUUCUGCAUUUCCGACCAAAGUCUAGCAAUGGCUCUCCCACCCAAGAUGUGUGUGACAAGGUUCUUGCUGUGUUCUACACAAUUGUCAUCCCCUUGCUGAACCCUUUGAUUUAUAGCCUGAGAAACAAGGAGGUGAAGGAUGCCCUGGAAGUUAUUCAAAGGAAGGUGUGGGGCAAAAUGUUUAGCUAG